GAUUUCCUCAUAAUGCAGUGUCCCUCGGAAUACAUUUACAACUACGCAAUUGGUGCUGAGUGGCUCCCAGAUCUACGUCCUCAUAAGCGAAGAACGAUUUCGAGCGUCACUGAUAAAAUCGCAAGUCUAUUUGAAAACAAAUCAAAUUCCAAGAAAUCGCCCAAGGGACGACGAAAAUCCCGCAAUGGGAAAGGAAAACAGUCGCAGGGAACGAAGAUCGCACCUCAAUCACCCGUCUUAGAGGCGGAGUCUGAUGUGGAUUUGAACUUACCAAUUUCCGAUCCUGUUCUUCUGCCUACUCAAAAACGUAUGACAAUUUCUAGCAUGAUGAGUCUUCACUACUCAAAAUCGCUGUCUCUGACGUCGAUAGGUUUAAUAAUCAGCAUCACGGAUACAAUCGCAACUCAUUUUAAAGUACACGGGAAGUCGAGGAAUUCAUCAAAGGAACGAGGCAAUGUCCGUAAGGGGAAAGGAAAGAAGUCGGAUGGCAAGAAGAAGGCACCUAAGGUACCUGUGUUGAAGGUUGAUUCUGACGAGGAGGGGACGCCACCUAUGCCUAAUCCCGUUGUUCAUUCGGAUGAUAGUCUGACGUUGGCAGUGGUAAUCCACGCAUUUUGCCUAGUCGCUCUCCACCAGCCGUUCAACGACAGGAUAAACACUGAUGUCCCGCCAGAUCCUCGGUCAGCCUUUACUAACUUAACUCAUGAUUAUGCAGAAGGAUUUGGUGACAUUGAUGGGCGCGAUGUCACACAAGCGUUAGAUUCCAUUAUUAUUAGAGAAAAUGACAUCCCUGUUAAUAAUGGAAUUGAUGUCACUGCAUCGAGGCUUGAAAAGCGUAAGAGGACAUUAUCGCAAGCGUCCCACCAAAAGAAGGAUGGCGGCAGAGGAACUCCAAAGCGUGUCAAGCAGGGCUCUGAAACUAACGCAUGGGAUGAUCCGAUUCAAACAAAUACGAAAUAUAAUGACACGCUGCAUAAAGAUGCUACUCAGCAGUCGUCGAGUGAAACCCGUCCUAUUCAAUCCGACGGGCACGAUAAAAAUGACACCUCGACGUCCAUAUCUGCCGAUCAAGCUGGAUCUUCCAGUCCUGUAAUCCUGUGUCACAUGGAUACAAUACCAGAACUACUACCGACUACAACUAUCAUUAUACAACCUAAAGACACAUCAUCCGUGAUCACCGCUCUCCACGAGCAACAUUCAGGUUCAGUAGGGAGUACAUUCACAAACGAAAAUGCCACUCAGCCUCGCGUGAAUUCCUAUCAUAACUGUGAAAUAGAGUUGGUUGAAGAGAAUGACCCGCCGCCGUACGUCAGCGAACAAGUAUACGAGUGA